CUGACAGCCCAGGCGGCCUCCCUGUUGCCCUCCUUCCUCCGCCUCCCACCAGCAUCCCAGCCCCUCCUCCUCCAACAGCCAAGGUGAAAGCGAAAGCUGAAAUCACAAGAAAAGGAAGUCUCCAAGUUAUCUGUGCACAGUCCCCUGGCAGUCGUGCAGGAUCCCGACCCCAGCGCGCCCCUCUUGCCCCUGUCUGCCUCCCCAACCUUUCCAGUCCCGCCCUUUGUCCCACCUGCCGAGGCUGGGGCAGCCUCCUCCCCCGCUCUCCGCCUCAGGACCCCUCAGCUCAGGCCAUGCUGCAGGCAGACUGGAACCCCCAGGGGGGCUUCUCCUUCAAAAACUGCCAGAGAAAUGUAUUUCUGGAGUCUUCCCUAAAGGGACUCCGAGUCCCCCACGCCCGAAAAACCGGUACCACCAUCGCCGGCCUUGUGUUCCAGGAUGGAGUCAUCCUCGGGGCGGACACCCGGGCCACCAAUGAUUCCGUUGUGGCGGACAAGAACUGCGAAAAAAUCCACUUCAUCGCCCCCAACAUCUACUGCUGCGGGGCAGGGGUAGCAGCGGAUGCUGAGAUGACCACCCAAAUGAUGGCGUCCAACAUGGAGCUCCACGCUUUGUCCACAGGCAGGAAGCCUCGGGUGGCCACCGUCACGCGAAUGCUCCGCCAGAUGCUGUUCCGCUACCAGGGCCAUAUUGGGGCCUCCCUGAUUGUGGGGGGAGUGGACAUCACAGGCCCCCUUCUCUACAGUGUGCAUCCCCAUGGUUCCUACAGCCGUCUGCUUUUCACUGCUUUGGGCUCUGGACGGGAAGCAGCCAUUUCUGUGCUAGAGGAUCGCUUCAAACCAAAUAUGACGCUGGAGGAAGGCCAGCAGCUGAUAGUGGAGGCAGUGACUGCUGGGAUCCUGGAUGACCUGGGCUCAGGAAGCAACGUGGAUAUAUGUGUGAUCACUCAAGCUGGCGCCAAGAUCCAGAGGGCAGUGAGCACCCCAGCUGUCAUCUCUAAGAGACAGGGCAAGUAUCGCUACCCAGAGGGAACUACAGCAGUGAUGAAGGAGACUGUGACACCUCUGGCACUGGAGAUGAUUGAGGAGACUGUGCAGACAAUGGAGGUGGAGUGAGUGAGCCCUAAUAGUCACGGGGCCCCAUUCAGGAAACUUCCAGAAAAUAAAAGUUUUUGAAAUCUUGAA